AUGGCCUGUAGAGAUGAAUAUAAAGGGUUAGGAGGUGGAUUAAAUAAACAGGUUGGGAAUAGAAUAUUCUUAGAACUAGAGAAUGAAAGAGACAGUUCAGAGGGAUUAUCUGUGUCAUUUGAUGGUGGUGGAUGGCAAAAGAGGGGAUCAGGGAGGUCAUAUAGUAGCUUAUCUGGACAUGCAACAUUUAUUGGCAACAAGUCCGGAAAAUGUAUAGCAUUUUCAACACGCAACAAGUUUUGUAGGACAUGUGAGGUUGGGAAAAGGAGGGAAUGUGAUUCAGCUAAACAUGACUGUAGACAGAAUUGGAAAGGAAGUUCGAAGGCAAUGGAAUCCGAUAUGUGUGUCAACAUGCUUCGGGAAUUAGACAAACAGGAUGUCUCCAUAGAUACCAUCAUUAUGGACAACGAUUCCACCACAAUUGCAAGAGCCAGAAGUGAGGUGAAACCAGAUCUGAAAAAAAUGUGUGACAAGAACCAUACACUAAAAGAAUUCACAAACCAACUGUAUGAUCUGAAAAAAGUCAAGAAUGUUCGAGAACUCACUGCCAAAACCAUUGGACAUCUAUCUAAAUGCUUCAAGUAUUGUGUGUCUCAGCAUCAGGGAAAUGGGGAAAAAAUGAAGAAAAACUUGUUGGCGAUAGGGAAACAUAUCUUCGGUGACCAUUCCUUUUGUGACUCUUGGUGUGGAUAUUUACGAUCUCCAUUAACCUAUAAACCAAAAAACUUGCCAUACAAUAGAUACCUCACUGAUGUAAAUUUGAAAACCAGCAUUAUGACUUUAUUGCAGAAAUACAUAGAUAAAGCAGAAAAGCUGUCAUCCCUGGGAAGUUCACAGGCCAAUGAAAGUCUAAACAACACUAUAUCCAGUAAAGUUCCAAAGGCCCAUUUUUACUCAGGUUCAGAAAGUAACGACUUUCGAAUUGCAGCUGCAGUGGCACAAAAGAACUUAGGAUAUGGAUAUGUAUCAGAGGUUUGUGAGUCUGUUCUUUUAUCCCCUGGUGAAGUAACCAAAAAGGUUUCCCAAGAGAAUGACAGGAAAAGAGAUAUGGGAAAUGAAAGAGAAAAAACAUUGAAAUAUAAACGAAAUAGACGAAUAAAAAAGGAGGAACGGAGUACCAAACAGAAAACCUGCGAACUACGUGAGGGUGAAACAUACAAUACUGCAGUUGAUUUGAACCACAAUAAUCAUGACAUCAUUGAAAUUCCACACCCACUUACUGAACCAACCUGCCAAAAAUUGACAAGUGCAGAUUAUUCCUAUGUUUCUUUUGAUCUGGAAACAACUGGACUUGGUAAAGACUGUGAUAUCACACAGAUUGGUGCUGCAUUUGAGGGACAAAUUUUUAGCCAGUAUAUUUUGCCUUCUAAACCCAUUUCACCUGCUGCAACUGCUGUGACAGGAUUAGCUGUUUCAGGAGGGAGUAUGUAUAAAGAAGGAUAUCACGUUCCAUCAACAUCUACAGAAGAAGGAAUACAAAACUUCCUAGACUGGCUGUCUAAAAUUCCACAACCUGUCUUGAUGGCCCACAAUGCUCGUUUUGAUGCUUGUAUUUUCUGCCGUAUAUUAUUAGAAACAGAAAAGAGUAUUCCUGCUUCAAAAUUGAUUUGUGGAUUUGUGGACACACUUCCAUUGUUUAGGAAACAGUUACCAGAACGCACUUCAUACAAGCAGGUCGAUCUCAUAAAGGAUCUUCUUCAUGAAGACUACAGUGCCCAUGAUGCUGCAUCUGAUUCAAGAGCACUUUUACAUCUCGUAAAAGCACAGAAGUUCAACAAUCAUAUCUUACAAGAAAACAGUUUUUCCUUCCAAUCAUACAUGGAAGUCAUACAAUUUCAGAAUACUGUGCAAGACAAUACCAAUUCAUUGUCAUAUCUACUGGAAAAUAAAAUUAUUUCCAAGGUGAUUGCAAAUAAGAUUUCCAAAUCUGGUCUUGGGUUGGCCCAUCUUCAGUUGGCAUAUGAUAGAGACAGAGAUUGUGGUAUCCAUCAAGUGCUUUCAGAGACAACUUCCACUGGGAAACCAAGAGUAACAGUAAACAAAACUAUUAUUAAAAAUAUCUGCCAGUAUUUUCAUGACAAACAUGUUUCAUACUCAAAUGAAUGAUACAAUACAGACAGUCAAACAGUUUUUUAUUUCUUCUUUUAUUAUAAUGGAUGCUAAGGGAAGUAACUCAAAUAGAAAUAACAGUGCUGGUAUGUCUG